CCGAAACUUAGAGGGGAAGAUGGCCGGGCUGGAGGAAGAGGAGCAGGCGCUGUUGGGCGAGGAGCCACCGGCGGAGCAUGAUGUGCCCCCUUCGCGGACGCCGCUCUCGGCGCUGUGCGACCCGCAGCGCCUGGCUCAUCGGCUGGUGGUCCUGGCGCUCAUGUGCUUCUUGGGCUUCGGCAGCUAUUUCUGCUAUGACAACCCAGCAGCUCUGCAAACUCAAGUUCAAGGGGAUAUGAAAGUGAACACUGCUCAGUUUAUGGCAUUGUAUGCCUGGUAUUCCUGGCCAAAUGUGGUCCUCUGUUUCUUUGGAGGCUUUCUAAUAGACAGAGUAUUUGGAAUAAGGUGGGGCACAAUAAUAUUUAGCGUCUUUGUCUGCAUUGGGCAGGUGAUCUUUGCUUUAGGAGCAUUAUUCAAUGCUUUUUGGCUGAUGGAAGCUGGACGGUUUGUAUUUGGGAUUGGUGGGGAGUCCUUAGCGGUGGCCCAAAACACCUAUGCUGUCAGUUGGUUUAAAGGAAAAGAAUUAAACCUUGUGUUUGGACUGCAACUCAGCAUGGCUCGGAUUGGGAGCACUGUGAAUAUGAAUAUAAUGGGAUGGGUGUACUCCAGAAUACAAGAUCUGCUGGGUUCUACAGGUCACACUACUCUUGGUGUAGUGCUCUUUAUAGGUGGCGUAACGUGUAUCUUUUCGUUACUCUGUGCUCUCUUCCUUGCUUAUUUGGACCGAAGAGCUGAGAAGAUUCUUUGUAAAGAGCAGGAGAAAAGCGGUGAAGUGAUUAAGCUAAGUGAUGUCAAAGAUUUCUCGUUGUCCCUGUGGCUCAUAUUUAUCAUCUGCGUCUGUUACUAUGUGGCUGUCUUCCCAUUCAUUGGACUUGGAAAGGUUUUCUUCAUUGAAAAAUUCAAAUUCUCUCCACAAGAAGCAAGUGCAAUCAACAGCAUUGUGUAUGUGAUAUCAGCACCCAUGUCCCCUGUCUUUGGAUUCCUAGUGGAUAAAUUCGGAAGGAAUAUUUCCUGGGUUCUAUGUUCUGUAGUGAUUACUCUGGCUUCUCACAUCAUGUUGGCCUUUACUUUCUGGAACCCUUGGAUUGCUAUGUGUUUGCUGGGAGUUGCUUACUCCCUGCUUGCUUGUGCCUUGUGGCCUAUGGUGGCUUUCGUGGUCCCUGAACACCAGCUGGGAACUGCCUAUGGAUUUAUGCAGUCAAUCCAAAACUUGGGUCUGGCGGUGAUUGCCAUAGCUGCUGGUACGAUCUUGGAUUCCCGAGGAUACCUGUUUCUAGAAAUUUUCUUCUGUGCUUGUGUGUGUAUGUCGCUCAUAGCUGUUGUCAUGUUGUACUUCGUGAAUCUCAUCCAAGGGGGUGACCUUAACUGGUCUGCAAAGAGAAGGGAAAAGUUUCAGAAGCUGGCUGUGUCUGAAUAAGAAAUCUGAAUAGGAAAAAUCCCGAAGUGGGGGAGCACUUUGAUCAGCAGCAGGUCCGGUGGAAACGUGGUGCAAAGGGUGUGCGCGUGUGUCUUAACAGCUUGAUGUUUAACUCUUGGAUGAUCUAGUUGAUCGGGGAAUGCAGUAAUGCCUGUCGGACCCUCUCACAUCUAAGAACGUGCACAAAUCGGUCAAAUCUGCAUCGUUCUUGAAGGACUUGGAUGGCAGCUAGCACGAAUCUUGUGUUUCUGAUCCACACCUCAUUGAAGAGCGUUGGUUACGACUGAACUGAAGUCGGCUUCUUCAAAAUGUGGCUGGAGCUGAUCUUUGUUACUUCAGCAGCGCUUUAAAUACUUUUAUCUUUCUGUUGUGGAUCUUUCACCCAGUACAGGGAAUGGUUCAUUCUUGCACAUUUUCCUUAUGCUCUAAGAGAGGGUUCCCUUUCAAAAUGUGGUGUUUCUUAAUUAGUCACUGCAAAGGUUGCAUUUUAAUACAUCAUGGUUUCAAGCCCAUGAGUGUAUUAGACGAAAUCCUUACAGUGACGGUUUUGUAGCAGUGGUGGUAAUCGUGGCGCGAUUGGCCACAUUCGCUGAAUUGUUUCUACAAGAAACAAAAUCUUGGGCUGCCAGUCAGUCACAUGGCUUCAGGAGGCUCGCCUCCUUUUUCUGUUUUUGUACUGGUACUAUAUUCUUAAAGUUGUUAAUGGCAAAAAGCAUAUGGAAUCUUUGAUUUUGCCCUGAAAUUUUGAUAUUUAUAAAUAAAUACUGGAGAAGAACGUGUCUAUCUCUUACUGUCUCUCAGGUUUAUAUGGCUCAAUCUGUCCUGCUUUACACUCAACCGUGCCCUUGAUCCAGGAGUGACAUCCAGCAGAUCUUCUGGCUCAUCUCACCGUUAACACCUGUGUGCUG